UUCCUUACCCUUUUUCGGUUUUCUAAGCAUUCGCUUCCUCUCUUUCCUCAUCCACUAUUUCUCUCCGUUUUCUGGCCCCACCGGAAAACUUCUUCCGUUCGCCGGAAAACCGCUUGCGUUUUCGGCGUUUUUUUUCCGCGUCUCCAGAGGAAGCAUAUUUCGGUUUUCUUAUUCGUGCGUUUGCAUUCUCUCGCUAUUUGCCGCGGUAGCUUCUACGAGGCGUUGGAUCUCUCUGUGACACGGUUUCAGCAUUCUAUUCGGCGUUCCUCGAGAAUGUGGCGAGCCUGGUUGUCCUUCGAGGCUUGCGCUUAAUCUACAACGUUCAGGAUCGUGGUUUAGGGUUUGGAUUUCGAUUUGGUAUUGUGAUUGCUUUUUUUUUUUUUGGCGAUUCCUUGUUCUAGUUAACGAAGACGGAGACCUACAGGGAGCGAGUUCGUAAUGAAAUGGUGGAAAGAAGAGUGACUUUAUCAAAGGAAGUUAGAAAUGGGUUAGAAUUUUUGAAGCGUAAAAGGCUUCAGCGUGCAAAAUCUGUCACUGCCACCCAGACAAGUGUUGCUAGCAUGAUGAACAGAAGUGGAGGAGAUGCUUUAAGAGCUUCAGCAUCAUGUGGCACAAGAUUUCAUGGUAAUGCUGAUGUCUUUUCCAAGCGCAAGGUGGAUAAGUUUGAUACAAAUGACCUGGAUUGGACUGAUAAAAUUCCAGAAUGUCCUGUGUAUUCUCCAACAAAGGAGGAAUUUGAGGAUCCUUUGAUUUAUUUGCAAAAGAUUGCUCCAGAAGCUUCUAAAUAUGGUAUAUGCAAGAUUAUUUCCCCUUUGAGUGCUUCAGUACCUGCUGGGGUUGUUUUAAUGAAGGAGAAAGCAGGAUUCAAGUUUACAACUAGAGUGCAGCCCCUUCGCCUUGCUGAAUGGGAUACUGAAGACAAAGUCACAUUUUUUAUGAGUGGAAGAAAUUAUACAUUUCGAGAUUUUGAGAAAAUGGCCAACAAGGUAUUUGCACGAAGAUAUUGCAGUGCUGGAUGUCUUCCUGCCACAUACUUGGAAAAAGAGUUUUGGCAUGAAAUUGGUUGUGGAAAAAUGGAAACUGUUGAAUAUGCAUGUGAUGUUGAUGGCAGUGCCUUUUCAUCAUCUCCCACUGACCAGCUUGGUAACAGCAAAUGGAAUUUGAAGAAACUUUCGAGGUUGCCCAAAUCGAUUUUACGGCUCUUGGAAACAUCAAUUCCGGGAGUAACGGAACCCAUGCUAUACAUUGGAAUGCUGUUUAGUAUCUUUGCUUGGCAUGUGGAGGAUCAUUAUUUGUACAGCAUUAACUAUCAUCACUGCGGGGCAUCAAAAACAUGGUACGGUAUUCCAGGUCAUGCAGCUUUGGAAUUUGAAAGGGUGGUGAGAGAACACGUGUACACUAAUGAUAUUUUGUCAAGUGAUGGGGAAGAUGGAGCCUUUGAUGUUCUCCUGGGGAAAACAACACUAUUUCCACCAAAUAUUUUGUUGGAGCAUGAAGUUCCUGUCUACAAGGCUGUUCAAAAGCCAGGGGAGUUUAUAAUAACAUUCCCUAGGGCAUAUCACGCUGGCUUCAGUCAUGGUUUCAACUGUGGAGAAGCAGUGAAUUUUGCAAUUGGUGAUUGGUUUCCUUUAGGGGCUGUUGCUAGCAGAAGAUAUGCACUUCUUAACAGGGUUCCUUUACUGCCUCAUGAAGAACUUCUAUGCAAAGAAGCAAUGCUUCUUCGUACAUGCUUGGAACUUGAAGAUUCUGAUUUUCCUUCCUCUGACUUGUUUUCUCAUAAUAGCAUUAAGAUUUCAUUUGUUAACUUGAUGCGUUUCCAACAUUGUGCUCGAUGGUUCCUAACGAAAUCAAGGGCGAGUAUAAGGGUCUCUUUUCAUUCCCAUGCCACGAUUCUCUGUAGUCUUUGCAAACGUGACUGUUACAUAGCUUAUGUUGACUGCAACUGUCACAUGCAUCCUGUAUGCCUACGUCAUGAUGUUGAUUUUCUUAACUUCAACUGUGGGAGCAAACACACACUUUAUUUGAGGGAGGAUAUUAUGGAUAUGGAAGCUGCAGCCAAGAUGUUUGAGCACGAAGAUGGGAUAUUGGAUGAGAUAAGGAAGCAAACUAAAAGUGACCAAAACAUGUAUGCAUAUCCUUUGUCAAAUAUGUUUCAGAGAGCUGAAGCGAAUGGGUACACGCCUUAUUGUGAGCUAAAACUUGAUUCUGUUGUUGAAUUCUAUGCAACUCCAGAGCACUCAACAAAUAAUCAAGAAUACAGUUCACAAAAUCAAUCUGUCAUUGUACGUUGCUCUGAAAAUAAAAAACCAGUGGUGUCUGAGGUUUCCUUUUCUUCUGCCACAUCCACUCUUUGCUCUCUUUCAGAAUCUCUCGAGAGCUUUUCUGCUCCCAAAAAUCAGGCUGAGGAGCAUAUUAACAACAAUGCAAGUAUUAUUGAUUUUGAAGAGUUUGCUGAAAGAAUAUCCAACAGUGCAUGUGAAUCUUCAUUAUCUCCUGCUGUGUAUCAUGAAAGCUCGGUUAAACCACUGGGUGAUCUUCAGAAGAGAUUUGAUACAAAAUCCAUUGUGGACGAGAGUGAUGAUUCUGAUUCAGAGAUAUUUAGGGUAAAGCGUCCUUCUUCUCUGAAAGCAGAGAGGAGAAAUAUGAAUGAUGCCGUGCCUUCAAAACAUACAGAGCAGCAGGGGCUAAAACGACUGAAGAAAAUCCUUCCUGAAGGAAAGAGUGGGCAACCAAUGGAUUCUAGCAGAAGCAAUGAAUCAAGUUACAAAUACAGUCACGCUGUUAACCAUAAAGGUCAUGCAGAUAUUUCAUCCAGGGAUAGAUUUGCAAGGAGUAAUGGUAUUCCCAUUUCUAUAAGAUAUAAGAAGUUGGGCAACGAGGAAAUAAGCAUGCAAGGAGAUCACCACCAAAGAGAUAGGUUGCAACAGACAUUUAGGGAACCACCUUCCAUGGAGCUUGAGCCAAAGCGCCUUAAAGUCCGAGGCCCUUCAUUUUUAGGCUUAGAGAGCAGAUCGAAUUGAUGUUUCAAUUUGGCUCGAAAUGAUUGUGAAACGCCAUGGAGAGUCUGACUUUGCUAACUUCAUUUUAGCUUAUGGGCUUUCUAACAAUACAGUAAAUCUUAAUGAUUGAUUGAGGGAGGAAGCAGCGGCAAGAUAUUAACGUAUUAGGGUAUGAAUUUACAUUCUUUGUGCAGGCCUUAACAUUUGAGGAAUCUGCACGGGUGGUGAUCCUCUGGGUUAUCGGGCCGAGGUGUUUUUCCAACUUUGGUUGGUGAACCUGACUUGCAAAGUUAGGACUUAGAAAUCGGUUUAGCGACAUUUAUUUCCAUGUAAAUUUGUUUUCUUCUCACCAGUCGUUUUAGGUCUUCUUAGGAACAUGGGUCUCUCCAUUGUUUUCUCAUUAAAUUCUAUCACAGCUGCUUCCCCCUUCUGAUGUUAAUCCAUUCUUUUUGUACCAAUAGGUCCUUUGUACCUAGAACUACUUGAAUAAAGUUCAAUGAAAUUUCUCAUUUUCACUA